CACGGCGCUAAUCAACUCAUUUCGGCCAAUGCGGUUUACAUGAACAGGCUAGUAUAUGAAGCGUACGUCCUUUGAUUCUGCUGACGACUACAGAUUAUAAAUUGUUGCAGAGGUGCAGUAGGCAGUGGUGUAUAAAACUCUACAACGUUGCACAACGUGACCGCUGCCAACUUCAGAGCAUUGACUGCUUACCAGAGUCGGCAACUGACGAAGUUAACGAAGCGUUUUCAACGAGGAGAACAUGUCGUCAAUCAAAGUAGAGUGUGUUGUGAAAGAGAAAUGCGAAAUUGGCGAGAGUCCGGUUUGGGAGGAGAAGGAUGGCACUCUUAUAUAUGUUGACAUAUCUGGCCAAAGAGUGAGCAGGUGGAACCCUGCGACCAAUAAGAUUCAGAGUUUGCGCACCGAGAAGUAUGUGGGCUCUGUCGUGCCCCGGAAGUCCGGGGGUUAUGUGAUUGCGGAGGGUACCCGGUUUGCGUCGGUGGACUGGGAGAGGCAGAAGAUCACUACUAUUGUCAAUCUGAAGGGCGAGAAAAGCACCAAUCGCUUCAAUGAUGGGAAAGUUGAUCCCGCUGGCAGAUUUUUUGCAGGCACCAUGGCGAUAGAGGUUCGUCCUGGAGAGCUGGAGAGAAAGCAGGGGUCUCUGUACACCCUGUACCCCAACCACACUGUGGUCAAUCAUUUUGACGAGGUCGACAUCUCCAAUGGUCUUGAGUGGUCCUUGGACCACCGCACCUUCUAUUACAUUGACAGCUUGGCCUACACGGUGGACGCCUUUGACUAUGACCUAAGCACGGGCGGCAUCAGUAACCGAAGAGUGGUGUACAAGAUGGAGAAGGAAGAGGCCAUCCCUGAUGGAAUGUGCAUUGACACUGAGGGCAAGCUGUGGGUGGCCUGCUACAAUGGAGGGAGAGUGCUACGCAUUGAUCCACAAACUGGCACUCGCCUCCAGACAGUGAAGUUCCCAGCAGAGAAGAUCACCUCCUGCUGUUUCGGUGGAAAGGACUACUCUGAUCUCUACGUCACGUCUUCCUACAAAGGCAUGGACGACGCAGCAAUGGCCAAGCAGCCUCAGGCUGGCUGCAUUUUUAAGGUGACUGGUUUGGGAGUGAAAGGAAUUCCCCCAUAUUCAUUCGCUGGAUGAGCCUGUUGAAAGGGCAGCUGAAUUGAAGACGAAGAGGAAUCAAUAUCAGUGAAUUCACAGACAUGUCACAGUCAAUGCUAUAGUUACAUGUCACGUCUUGCUUUUGAGUAUUGAACUAAACAAGACUGGUGCUAAUAUGAAAACUUGUUAAUUUGAGAGUUUAGGUUUAGAAGAACCAUUUAACUAACACAGAAUAAUCACAGGAUAACAAUGAUUUAAAAUGAUCAUGAAAAUGUAUCUCCAAGAUAAUACCGCUGCUAUUAAAAGGUUAUAAGACCAUAUUGUCUUUUUAAGCAUGUGACCGGAUUGCAUGCAACACACAAUGUAAUUCAAUGUUGCCUUGGCACAGUACCUAAAGUAAUUGGUUUUAAAGAACCACAGAUGGUAUAGCAGCAUUCUCCAUAAAAUCAGAUCAUGUUCAUUACCAUAACUCUUGAUGCAGGACAAUAAAGCUUAUAUAAAGCA